AUGUCUACCGCAGGGUCGGCCGAAGUAUCACCUGAGCCAAAGGCCCCCGCGUCUUUGGAUGAAAUUUCCAUGUCUGCAGAGGCUCUUUCCAAGUCCCUAAGCGAAGAACCGCGCGCUCGAACACAUGCGGAAUACAAGUCACCCGAGACGGGCAAUUCAGCAGACAAUACAGACGAUUUUGACGACACGCCUUCGUCGUUGCCGCGAAUGCCCGGCACGUACGAUUUCAUGGGCUUGAAAUCCGAGUCCAACAACGAUCUGUACGACAAUUUGGCUGACAAGUUGAAACAAGAGAAACGCGCAACCUCAACGCCACCUGACGCUGAGGCAGGCCUUGGAAGCCCCGUGAUUGUUCCUCAUGCCCAUGAACGCGAGGAACUUGUGUGGUCAAAAGAAGAGGACCAUGUUGGGGUACCUAGUCCAAACCUCGAUAAACAUGAACUGAACGAAGUCUUUGACCCAGCCACAAACAUCAAUGUGGAGUCAGAGAGCCACUCUGGCGCUGAGUUAAUUGAACAUGACGCUAAACUAGACACUGGAAUUGCCGACACCGCCACCAACAUAGAUGUUGCAGUCAAUGAUGAUGUUGCAAGCAGUACACCCACAGACGAGACACCAAAAACGAAUGUCACCAUUGCUCACACUCUAGGCCCAAGCAUUGAAGAUUCAGCGUCGGCGUUCCGCAGCAGUGAAAGUAAAAUAAGCGAUCCACCCAGCUCGAACAACUCAGAAGUCCCGCUUGGACAGUAUACAGCACUGCCUUCUCCAGAAAUGCUACCUGGCUCAUUUGAGGCGCCUACAAAAUAUGCCCUGGGAUCCAGCAGCUUCAAAAUCUCCAAUAGCCCGUAUCUCCACUCUCCCGAUCUUUCGCAUUACAAGCCACAACUCGACCCUGGCAAGCCUACGAGUAACUUGGCUGCUAAUGUUGAUAUGGAGCGUCUUUUACAAGACCACGCGGGGCUGCGUCAGAGCUUUUCGUCACUGUCGUCCAGCAAACAUCCCAAUCUUAAUGACGGCACACCUUUGGGCAAGAUUCCCACUGUACAUGACUCGGUAGAUGACAAUGACAAUGAUGACAACGACACGCAAGAAGAAGGGCCACUUCUGGAGGCAAUCGGAGGGCUCAACAUCCAUAACUUGGGUAAUACUCGCUCCUUUUCUACUCUGACGGUCAUCCGCAAUCCGCCGCCCCCACCAGCACCGGAGGCGCAGGCGCAGACCGGACCACGCCAAUUGAAGAGCACUGCUGUGAACACCACGUCGCCUUACGCAAACCCAGUGCUGACUUUCCAACAACCCCCUACUACCACACCACUGACACAACACUCGAGCAUCUUUGGAACUACUAGCCCCGGUGUUUCUUCCCCUGGACUUAGUAUGGGCGUUUCUCCUGGCAAAGCCAACGGUAGCACCAAAAAACGCAAGAGUGGGAACCGGAUGAAGGGUGUGUUCACUUCAAUGUUUGGAAAAUCGCGUAACAACUACUCAGGGUCCUCCAGCUCAGCAGGCUCACCGGAGCUUAGUAUGAAAAUUUCAACACCAUUUAACGCCAAACAUGUUGCACACGUGGGAGUGGACCACAAUGGAUCGUACACAGGGUUGCCAAUUGAAUGGGAACGUUUGUUGAGCGCUAGUGGAAUCUCUAAAAUUGAGCAACAACAACAUCCACAAGCAGUCAUGGACAUUGUUGCAUUCUACCAAGACACCAAUGAGAAUACAGACGAGAAUGCGUUCAAGAAAUUUAAACAGGCGGAAUUCGGACCUUCCAAGACUGAUGGUUCUUCUUCAUCCUUGUCCAACUCCUCACCCCCAUCGACACCAAUCGAGAGCUCUGGCAUGUUUGAUGCCAUGGCCACGCCGCCGCAGCCUUACCAGUCUCCUCACCUGCUGGCACCCCAUAAGUUGCGGAGCCCCAGUCUGACUAUACCUGCCGGUGAAAGCGGCCAAUUCAUUCCAAGCCGCCCUGCGCCUAAACCACCUUCCACGCCAUCAUCAGCGACGCAGACAGAGGUGAGUACUCCACAACUGGGCAAGAAGAACUCGCUUAUGGGCCGCAGAUCCUUCUCGUCUAAAUCAAUAAAACUGGGUAUCACCACCCCAAAGACGGAGCAUGUCUAUCAUACGACACAAUCAAAAAUGAAACUGGCACGGCCGCCAACACCGAAUCAAAAUAUCCCCAAGUCAAAGUCACACAGCUACUCACUUGCUGCACAGACCCAAUCAGAGCAAAAAGGUCCCACUACGGCUCCCGUAUCCUCAACCGCUAAAUUUCACGACUCGGAUUUUCAAAAGUCUUCAUCGGACUUUAAAACGCAUCGUCAACCGCCACCUCCUCCAGUUCCAUCGACUACAAAAUUGAGCCCAUCACAAGUUGAAGAGGAACCUGAACCAAAGAGUGAAGAGGAACCAGUUCAGCCUAGAGCACACAACAAUCAACAGCCCGUGCGGGACGCAAAGAAGGCAGCUCUUUUGGCCCAAAAGAAACGCGAAGAAAAGAAGCGCAAGAACCAACAGAUUGUGGUGAAACUACAGGCCAUCUGUUCCGAGGGUGAUCCAAAUGACUACUACACGGAUUUGAAGAAGAUCGGACAGGGAGCUUCUGGUGGUGUCUACAUUGCGCGCUCGACAGACGCAUCACAGAAGGUUGUAGCCAUCAAGCAAAUGAACCUCGAGCAGCAACCGAAAAAGGAGCUCAUCAUUAAUGAGAUCUUGGUAAUGAAGGGCAGCAAGCACCCUAACAUUGUUAAUUACAUUGAUUCAUAUCUUCUAAAAGGCGAGUUGUGGGUCAUUAUGGAGUAUAUGGAAGGUGGCUCGUUGACGGAAAUCGUUACACAUAGCGUCAUGACUGAAGGCCAGAUAGGUGCAGUCUGCCGGGAGACACUCAAAGGACUUCUGUUUUUGCAUAGCAAAGGUGUUAUCCACCGUGAUAUUAAGUCUGAUAACAUUUUACUCAAUGUUGAUGGCAACAUCAAGAUGACAGACUUUGGCUUCUGCGCUCAGAUCAAUGAGCUCAACUUGAAGCGUACCACCAUGGUGGGUACACCAUACUGGAUGGCGCCAGAAGUGGUAUCACGCAAAGAAUAUGGACCCAAAGUGGAUAUUUGGUCAUUGGGUAUAAUGGUCAUAGAAAUGAUUGAAGGUGAGCCGCCUUACUUGAACGAGACCCCGUUACGUGCGCUAUACUUAAUAGCGACGAACGGCACACCACGUUUGAAGGAGCCAGAGGCGUUGAGCUAUGAUAUAAAGAAAUUUUUGGCGUGGUGUCUACAAGUGGACUUCAACAAGCGUGGUACUGCUGACCAAUUACUUCAGGACAAGUUCAUUCUUGAAAGCGACGAUGUGUCAACUUUGGCUCCUUUGGUGAAAAUUGCGCGUAUGAAGAAAGCCAGUGAACUCGAGUGA